UUGAUUACGUGUUGAAUGAUUGAUAAUCAUGGACUUAUAAAUAAUUAUAAGUCUAUGAUGACGAUUGCUGUUUAGAGAUUAUGAAACAAGACAAUGUGAAAUAGUUAUUCCAUGAUUUCUGUGUGAAAUGUGAAGAGCUGAGUUGUUUUAGAAUUUCGAUCUAACAAUGAUUGCUCGGUUACGGCUUCUUGGAAUUGAACGAGGAAUGAAUUAUUGAAGACACCAGAGACAGGGAAGUCUCUGAAGACAGUUUCUGAAAUAUUUUGCUUCUGGGUGUUCGUUUAAGGAACUCCACUACUCAUAUAGGGUAGGAAUAUCGACUAUUAGUAAAAUAAUAAAAGAAACAAGCGUCAUUAUUUGGAAGAGAUUAUGCACAGACUUCAUGAAGUUGCCUGAUACAGAGGGAGAAUGGGAAGCCAUUGCAAAUGGAUUUGAAACAAAAGCUAACUUUCCUCAUUGUCUUGGAGCUGUAGACGGAAAGCACAUCAGAAUUAUAAAACCAUGCCAUAGUGGUUCCAUGUUUUUUAAUUAUAAAGAUUAUUUCUCGUUUGUAUUACUUGCUGUGGUAGAUUCAGAAUACCGAUUCAUCUACAUAAGUAUUGGUUCAUAUGGGAAAGAGUGUGAUUCUACCAUAUUAAAGAACAGUACCUUUUGGCAAAAGUUUAAUGAUGGUUCAUUAAAUAUACCAAACCUCAAGCCUGUGCAUGAAACCAUACAUGAAGAAAUGCCGUAUGUACUCAUUGGGGACGAAGGCUUUAGCUUAACACCGAAUCUCUUGAGACCAUAUGGGGGUACACAUCUAGAUCAUGAAAAAAAAAUCUUCAACUAUCGCUUGAGCCGAGCUAGAAGAUAUGUUGAGUGUGCCUUUGGUAUUCUAGCCAAUAAAUGGAGAAUCCUGCAUCGGCCGAUAGAUCUUCAAAUAGAAACGGCGAUUAACGUCAUAAAAGCUUGUACGGUUUUACAUAACUUUGUCCGAGAUAAAGACGGUAUUAAUUUACAACAAAACCCAAUAAGUAUGGAAACAAGUGAAGAAACGGGCCCGUUUCCACGUCGUCCACAUCCUCGACCGUGUAGAGGUGGUCCUACUGCAAAUAUAAUUCGAAGAGCAUUUGCUGAAUACUUCUCGUCUGAUCUUGGUUCAAUACCUUGGCAGGAAACAGCUAUAUGAAACUACCUACAUAGCAUUGAAUAAAAAAUUAACUUAC